AUGGAAAGAACAAGAUAUGCAUAUGAAAAGUAUCGUGAAGUUAGAAGUCAAAUUACAUCUGGUCGAACCUUUACAGUAAACUUUGACGAAGGAAAGAACAAAGAAGGCUUCAGGGAGUACUUGCUGCAAUUCAAGACGGAAAUAAAAAGGACACAAUCUCAGAUUGACCAUAACAGAUUUGGAUGGUCACAUUACUAUGCACAUGGCAAUGAACAAACAGCCGCAAAACUUCUUGACGCUUUCAAGACUACAAAGAGAGAACAAAUGGUUGACUCCGACUCAGACAUUUUGAAUGCAAUUGAAGGAAUUGCAAGUGUCAAGUUCGAAUGGUACCAACCUAACCCUCAAGCAGUCAGACAACAUGCUGGAUACUUCCCCUUCAUAAAUAAGUCUGACAUUGACUUGACAAGGUAUGGAAUUUACAAUUCAAUUGAAACAAUUGUCAACGAACCUUGCAUUCUUACAUGUCUCAGGAACUCUGGUCUUGUUACAGAUGAGAAGAUGAAGUAUCUUGAGUCAUGUGUGAAGACAAGGUACAUUCUCAGAGGUCAAUUGGCAAAAAUUGCACCGUUGGCAAAUGUCAAUAUCCGAGUCAACAUACCUACAGCUAAAGGUUCUUCACAUGACGACUAUGUUGUUGACAAAGACUUACCAUGGUUGAAGAUUGUAAUUGUCCACAACCACUUCAUGUUGAACGAAAGUCUUACAAACCCAUUCUUUGGUAAAAGUAAGUGCAACAUUGUCAGAGCUGUAAACAUUCUUUUCGAGAAAGGUUUGUUGGAACCAAUUCCAGAUGACAAGCUGACAGAAACUUUUGUACCAAAAGACGAAACAACUUUUCAUUGUUAG